ACCAGUUCACUGAACAUAUUUUCCAGGCACUUUGCUCAACCUAGUUCGCAGCCAUGCCGAUUCACGGUCUCGAGUUCACUGAUAGUCAGCUUUUCGACACCCUGAAUGUGGUGCUGCCAGCAUGGAUUUUACUUGCACUGCUCCCGCGUUGGAAGCAUACUUAUACAGUCGUCACAGCCGCGGCGCUCUACACCUCGCUCCUGUACUCGGCAUGCCUUGUCUCCAUGAUGAUCGCGCCUUCUGAGGACGGUGCUCCGGACUUCAGCGAGAUGUUCACGCUUGAGGGCGUGUCCAAGCUGCUAGCCAAGAAGUCCGCCGCACUGCCCUGCUGGACGCACUAUGCCGCAUUCGACCUGUGGGUGGGCCGCUGGAUCGCCACCGACGCCAUGGACCGGGGUGUGCCGCAGCUGCUGCUCAUCCCCUGCCUGUUCCUGUGCAUGAUGGUUGGCCCAAUCGGCUUGGUUGCGUACUUCCUACUGCGACUGCCCUUCAGCGGCGGCAAGAAGGCGACAGCGUCCCGCAAGAGCAAGAACUCGUGAGCUGCAUCGCACGUCUGCCGCGGUCGCUCAUAACCGCGACCACCACGCCCGUUCGUCCUGGGUAUCGUAUGAGCGGCCAGGCGCUGUGCUCCAUGAGUAGGCAGUAGUGGCGUCUGGCGUGAAAGUGGCUGAAAUGGAUGGGUCUGGGCGCAUGCGUGGGAUGCAGCGGAUGGGUCUGGGCCAUGCACUUUCGGGGCCCCGGCUGCCCCGGCUGUGAGAGACACGGAUGGAGGGGCACGGGAGGAGCUGGCCUGGAGGGCUGGCUGUUGGUGAUGCCGUUUGGGCUAAAUGUGUUGCAAUCUGAUUUAUGGCAAUAAACUCAGAAACAUGGAGCACAUCAUCGAGAUAGCGGUUGUACGGCGUGUUGGAUUGACAUGCGGUUGGGAGUGCACCGAUGCGUGCUCGUUGCCAAAGGUGCAUGUAAGCCGCAUUCCAACAUCAAUGUGGACGUCGCGCACUCGGAGGUAAUCACUAUAAUAUACUGGCUUGUGCCUCACCCAGCGACU